AGAGCGGUUCAACACAUUUACCCAUCAUGCUUUUCUCUGCCCCCGCAUCUUCCCCUCUCCCACCCCCCAGCGCGGUCUCUCACCGCGCGCUCCCUUUACCGCGUGACACCUAACCCUCGCCGAGUGCGCGCAUGCGUGCGCGCGCGGGGGCGGACCAUAGAGAGUGGGGGUUGUUGUGGUGGAGGGACGGGGGCUAGAGCGUCGAGGCGAGAAGCGGGCGGAGCCGCGGGCGGGGCGAGCCAGUCAGAGUCCGCCAGGAAGCCGAGAGCGAGCCGCGCGGUGUGUCUCCUCCUCCUCCUCGCUCCCCGGACAAAGCCGCCGCGGUCUCCGCCACCACUACCGCCCCCGCCCCUUCGCUUCCCCCCGGGCCCCCCCUCGCCUCACCGGCGCAGCUCACCUCGGAACGAGGCCGCCGCCAGACGCCGCCGCACGGAGCCAUGUCGGCCAGCAGCCUCUUGGAGCAGGUAACCGGGGUGGGGGGUGAAACUGGCUGGCGGCGGCGGCGGCGGGGAGCUGGAGGUGCCGCGCUGGGAAAGGCCCCGGCUUCGGGCCUACCGGGCGGCUGUGGUGGGGGGAGCAUAAACGGGCAGCGAGGAGGCCCCGCGCGCCCUCCCUCCUCUCCUCGCGUCGCUCCCGUUUCAAACGAACCCCCGCCGUCAAGCAGGGCCCGGCCUUCCUCCCGCCGAAGCCUCCCCGAGGCAGGCGGAGAGGCCUAGGUUUUGCUCUCCGGCUCUUCCCUUCCUUCGCGUCUCCGUCGGACUCAGGGUUCGGGUUCCUCUUCUUUUUGCCUCAUCGCCUUAUGUUUCCCUUUCUCUCUCGUUUUCUCCUCGCCGCUGCGCCGCCGCCGCCGCUGCAGAGACCUAAGGGCCAAGGCACCAAAGGUGAGUUGAGGGACCAGCCGCCGAGGCGGGACCGGGAGAGAUCCAUGAGGGGUGGCCGGGGAGGUGGUGGUUUCCUUUUUUUGGGUGGGGGGAGUGUGAGUGGUGGAAAGGUAGCGCCUUUUCCGUUCAUGGAGGAUAAGGGAGGGACGCCUCCCGUCCCAUUUUUCGAUCGGACCUCUUGUUUCCUGAAAGGCAUGCAGGUGAGUUCCUGCCGUGCCGCCGUCUGUCCAGGAAACCGUAGCGUGGGUUGCCGCAUGGGCAACACACAUACGUAUCCGUGUGACUUUUGAGAAAUAAAAUGAAACAGAACGUGGCAGGGAGGAAUGCAGCGUGUUUUCCCGUAAGCAAUGAUGCCCCCUUGGGGGGAAAAAAACUGGAGGAAGUCAUCAUUGCCUUAUGGCUUAAAACUUAGUUCUAGUUAUAUAUGUGUGUGUGUGUGGUGUAAGGGAAUCCCAAAUUAGUUGAUUGAGAUGAGAGUGACGAGUUAUCCCUGGUUAAGAGGGAAAGUGUGACGUAUUUAAUGGGCUCUUUAAUUCGGCAGAGCAAGGAGCUGGGUGCUUGGAAAUUAACGUUUUGAGCUAAUUGCAGAAGUGAGUCAUAGUUAAGAGGGUGCAGUGCACAUUAAAAGGUGGCAGUAGCCAGUUUAUGUUAGUGGACUGAGGGGGUAUUGCAUGUUCCCAUUUUCUCUAGGCUUCACCCACCAUCAAAACAAAACCAAAAAACAACAACACACAAACACAGCAAGUUGUAAUAAAAAGAUAAUGUAUGGCUUACUGCUGGGGUAGUAAUUGUGGUGCCGUCUGGAUGUUGUUGGACCCUAAUUCUCAUCAAUCCCAAGCAUGCAUGGGCAGUGGUCAGGUACGAUGGGAGUUGUAGUCUAGCAACAUCUGGAAACUGCCCCAUUGGCUAUCCUUGGAUUGCAAUAUGAAGAUAACAGCACAGAAAAGGGCCCUUUGACAGCUUUUCAGGAGGAGGUCCUGUAAGCAAAACUGGUGGCAGUGAAUAACUGGAGAUUGGUGGUUUGCCUGAAUAUUCAGGCUAAAGGAGAAGGAAUGGACUCAUUAAGUUUCUACAGCUCUUUUAAGGUGAACAUAAAGGAGAGAAGCUUUAAAAGGCCAUAUAAAUGAGAAUAGUUUGUAAUGUUAAAAAAGUUAAGGGGGUCAUUUCAUGGGUUCCACUUGUAGAACAGAAUUCUGCCAAAGCCUGUACCUGUGUUUCUCCCUCCUUCACUUUGAAAUGCUUGUCCAUAUGAGAUGGGCUGCUCGAAGAGGAAAGUUCCUAUUAAUGAAGUUGCUCCUUCCCUAAGUUUAAAUGUAAAACUAAAAGAUGCUUUUUGUGGCUCAUGUAGCUGUAAACAGUGUAAAGAGAGUUCAGUUUGUGUUUGAUAAUGGCAGCAUAUACAGGGAGUAAUUUGCCCUUUAGUUCCCCAACCUUUACAGUGGAAGGGGGCAGAAUUGAAGCAGAAGGAAAAUUGACAUCUUUCAUUUUCUAUGUGCAGGAAUAGGGAUCAGGUGGCAAGACUUUCUAGGACACAGGGUGUGGCUUUUAGACAAGAUAGAAUAAACUAUAUUGGUAUUGAAUAAUGCUUGUUAUACAUUUUUGUUUUUAGUGCAAAAUGGAUCGGUGCAUCAGAAAGAUGGAUUAAAUGAUGAUGAUAUUGAACCUUAUUUGAGUCCUCAGGCCAGACCGGUGAGUGAUAGAAAAAGUACCUAUUUGUUUAAUGGGUGGGGCGCAUUAUUAGUAAUUGUUUCCUUUUCUGCUAUCUAGCUUUCAGGAUGCCUUUUGGGCUUGACAUUGUACAGUUAACUAACGGCUGACUGAACUGGCAAUGCUAUAUAGAUACUCAUAUGUAACUUAUAUGGAAAUAUGCAGUGCACUGUGCUGGAAGCAUGUGGUAACAACUGAGUGUUAGCUGCACAAUGCUUAUAAAUGUUGCAAACCUAGCAUUAAAUAAAUAAUCCCCCCAACCCCUCACCCAGUUCUCCUUAACAUGGGUCCCGGUGCAAACUUAUUUCAGCUUCCUAAAGGAAGAGUAGACUACAUAUAAACUUCUGUCUCUGUUUUUAUCUGUAUAAAUCAUUUAAGCCUCUUUCGUGAACCAAGGCCACAAUCCUCAGCACACUUACUUCCUAAAUUCUAUGCUUGAAAUUCUGCAAUUAGCUAAACUAUAAAAGUGCCAUUGAUUUCACUAGGACUUGCUUUGAAGUAAAUGUGCUUAGAAUUGUAGAAUAAAUCAGAGUACAGGAUGACUUAGUUCUAGGAGAUUUCAUUUAGAACACUUACCUUUUUUAUCUUCACCAGCAGUUUAUUUGUGUGUGAAAGGAGGGGUGCUUGUACUUUAGUUAGAUUCAGUCUUCUGAUUUAGAUGAGAGCUAAACCUUAAUAUCAGUUUCAUUUUGACUACUUAAAGACAGCCGUUAUUCUCCCUACUUCUGGAAGGUGUUUAGGUUCACACUGUGGCUGGGAUCUGCUGGGAGAGAAUUCCAUAGUUGUCCAAUAAUACAUUGCCGCAUGCCAUAGUGUAUUCUAGUGCACAUUUAGCAUGAUCAUGUAGGCACAUCUAGUCAGUCUUUGAGUUUGUGACAGGAUUAAAGUAGCCUGGAUACAUGAGUAUCUUGAAUUGUUCCCAGAAGACCACUGCCUCUUGAAUCAUGUUGUAAUGUGCUCCCAAUCACUGAUGUGUCAAGACUAGCUGUAGGCAGUUAAAAACAUUGCAGUAGCAAGCUUCAAAGUUGCAAAGGCACAACAGGUGGCUUUCAAUUCUGAACUGAUAAGAAGGGGCAGUUGCCUUUUCUGCUGAUAACUUUGUGAAAAGUGUUCAUACCACUGAAGCUACAGCUGUAUGAACAUUCCAUGCAUGUAAACCUGAGGAACCCAGGGCAGACCAUCCCCCAUACAUGCUGGAUGUUCCUAUUUUCCUGCAAUCAAAGGUCUGCUACUCAUCAUUACCUCACUUUUAUUGGCUUCAGCUCCAGUUGGCUUGUCUGCAUCCCGUUCCCCACUUACCCUGGAUAUCAAGUAAACUGACUACAGGACCUUGGUCGGAUGAAAAGAAAAGAGCUGGGUGUUACCAGCGUACUUAUGACACCUCAUGCCAGGUCUUCACUUGAUCUUGCUUAGUGGCCUUAUGUUAUAUAUACAUGUUAAAUAUUAGAGGGUGGAAUCCUGUGAUGCCUGGAAGUUUACAGGGAGCUGGGUGGUUCAUAGUGCUUCAGGAGUUCCCUGCCAGGAAUAAAUGGAAAUUUUUGAGUAAUUGUGUAAAUAUCUUACAGGCCUUGUAGUAGUGAUAGCAAAACCAUGUGAUCUGUUCUUCCAGAGCACAGUAUGUUGCAAUUACUUAUUUGUGCCAUGGUGAAAAAUAAUUAGAUUUGGGGGCUCAAAAACAGUUUUCCUACUGGACAUGAUUGAACAUUAUAGUGGCAGCUCCAGAAAACAGUCAUCUGGAUGCAUCUAAAGUGAUAGGAAAAUGGAUCUGUUUGGCAGCCUGUGACAACUGGCUGGAGUUAUCCAGGGUCCUCUCAAGCAGAGCAGAGUCCUGGACAGUUUUAAAUCUCAUUUGAUUUUGCUUAACGCUGAUCCCCUCUACCCUGAUCAUUGCCCGGUGUUUUGUUAAUAAUAAAAAAAAAUGUGCACAUGGGUGCUACUUGCGCCUGGGUUCCUAUCAUCACACCCCUCACCACUGGUAGACAAUGCCAACAAAAAGUCAAUCAAGAUGAGAGGAAGCCCCUAGAUGCCGACUUUUAAACUCCGAAUUAAAGCAUUGCUUUAUUUGUGAAGUAGAUGUCAACCUAAUAUUGGUAGGCUUGAGAUAAUUAUGCCUUUGGUUGUAGGGAACCUUGGUUUAACCACUUCAUUAACUGGGCCUUGUAACUGGGUUGUUACAUUAUAGUUCUUAGUCUUUGCCUUGGAAAGUUUGCAUUGCUAGAUAUGGAAUGUCAUCUUUGUACUCUUCAGCUCUUCAAUUUCUUAAGUAGUAGGUCUUCUGUAAACAAGAGAGACUUUGUUAAGUAGUGGGUGAUUAUUGUGGUCAGUUUUGCAUUUGGGGCAGUUCAAUGACAGUUCACUAUCAAGAUCAGGGGUAGGCAACCUAAGGUCCAUGGGCCAGAUGCGGCCCAAUCGCCUUCUCAAUCCGGCCCAUGGACAGUGCGGGAGUCAGUGUGUUUUUACAUGAGUAGAAUGUGUCCUUUUAUUUAAAAUGCAUCUCUGGGUUAUUUGUGGGGCCUGCCUGGUGUUUUUACAUGAGUAGAAUGUGUGCUUUUAUUUAAAAUGCAUCUCUGGGGCAUAGGAAUUCGGCUGAAAAAGGUUGCUGACCCCUGAUCAAGAUCUAUGAGGGGUUCUGCAAUAAAUUUGGGUGUGGGUGAACUGGACCAUUGUCAGUGUUUUGUGAAGUGGAGCACAUCCAGCAUACAGUGACCCCAGUGAUAUCACUUUGCAUCCUUAAUCUUUAGGUGGUGGUGGAACAUAUUCUUGAUUAACUUCAAUUAAGAUUUAAAAAUUCAUGGUCUUUGUGUGCAGCAGUAUGCUCAGUUAUGCCAUUAAUGCCUGUUUAUUUGCUGGCAUUAAAAGGAAGAGUUCUGGCAGGCUUGAGAGAUAUGUUUACACUGUUAAAGCAGUUGGUCCUUGGGGGAGCUGUUUGGUUCCUGGAGUACAUCUCAAAUGCAUAGCCUCAAAAGAGCUUACAAAAGUAACAUUUUGCAAUGAUUAUUUAAUGUGAUGCCAUGUUGGCAACUGAUAUUUCAAUUUAAUGACUGAGACUUGCAGGUCACAAGUUCAUCCUUUGAAGGCUUAGGGCUGCACCCAAAGUUAGUUCUAAUCAAAAUAGACCCAUUGAAGUUAAUGUGCAUAACUAACUUAUGUCCACAAAUUUCAGUGGGUCUUCUCUGAGUUGAACUUAGUUGGAUACAACCCUUAGUUUCAAAUUUUCACUCUCUUAGCAUGUCAGAUUCUUCAUUUUCUCACUCUUUGAUCAGUUCAGUUAUCUGAAAGAAACCACAGUUGGUUUUCCUGCUUCUACGGUGACUGUGUUAUGUCCUAUUUGAAACUGGCGGGUAGGGAAGCCCAAACUGGACAUAGGAAUCACCAUGAGUGCUCUCAAAAGAAGCAGACAUGCUUGUUGUCUGCCGCCCCUCCCCGCCUCACUUCUUGAUAUUUUUAAAAAACUUGAACAAUGUGGAGUGAUAUGACAUAAUCAGUUGCUACUCCUGCCACACAUCACACCUGUGAUACAAAGUUUUGUAGUGGGUAAACUGAACAUUAUCAUGCCAUAUGUAUUGAGUUGUGUCCAGCUGAACUUUACUAAGAGCAGGCCCACCAAAUUUAACAAACUGAACUUCAUCAUGGUUAUUAUUUUCAAUGGGUCCAGUCUGAGUAGUACUAACAUUGGAUACAAGCCAUUAUCCUUAAGCAUUAGGAAGUUGUGGGUUUGUGACAGCCAUAAUUUGCCUUUAAUGUUAUGUUUGGGUCUAAGUCAACACUUAAAUGCAAUGUAGGUUCCUGAAGCAGAGAGAGGUUGAAUUUGCCAACUUUUCAUUCUUUUAGUAGCAGCAGUUAUGGUACAGAUAUUAUGGCAUUGGCCAUUGAUGAGCAUACAUCACAGAAUUAUUGAGAAUGAAUGAGAACCUUCUUGCUUACAGUACAGGUGUGGGCAACCUGUGGCUCUCUAGAUUCUAUUGGACUCCUGUCAGCCCCAGCCAGCAUGAUUGGGAAGCUGUUGUAGCUGAACAAAAUCUGGAGGGUCAUAGGUUUCCUACCAGUGCUAUAGUACCUUUGCAACCUAAUCCUAUGCCAGUCUAAAGGUUAGUGCUGUGAGCACAAGAUUGCACUUCAGGGAUAUACAAUGCAGCUGCACAAGGCGGAGAUGCCACUUACUUUUUGAACUGCUCAUAACUUAAUACUAUUUCUAGAAACCAUAAGGUUGAAUGUGCAAAGAUGUAUGUGCAGAACUGCAUAUGUUCUUCCGCUGUGCACAUGGUGCUAAAGAGGCAGUCGGGUAUUGAUAAUUUUAGCAAGUGUGGUCUCCUUGUUUGGCAUAAAUCAGGCAGUUCUUUCCACCACCUGCAAAGUUUCUGCUCACACAUUCAGAAGUGUAUGAUCCCCUCGCCCUCCAUCACAGCUUGUAUUCUAUUUGAAGCCAAUAAAUAUAAGUUGCAGCAUUCAUGGCACAUCCUCUGUAAGGUGUCUGUGUCUUUCAUGGAUAGGGGGAUGAAUUACAGGUACUACCUUACUGUUGACAAGGGAGGCAUCCUUGCUGCAGCCUCUGGAAACUGUUCGUUGGCUGAUGAAGCAUAGCCAUAGCCCUUUUCCCAGUGUAUCUGAAUGUUUUUACUUACAUUAGUUGAAUCUAUCCUAUGCUUCCUGCAGGGAGCUUCUCUCUGGUCUCCAAAAGCCCUUUGGGCAACUCACCAGUUGCUGCAGAGUGUUGGGUUGGCUCCCAGGUGUAGAGUGACACUGUAAGGUGUUCCCUUGAGCUGGGUGUCCUGUGCCCAGUCUUAUAAUCUACUCAGACUACACAGCAAAAUACAUGAAGAGGGUCUUGGUUUAAAUGGCUUUGAAAUCUGAGACUUGUCAAAUACAAAACUACUCAUUCUUGUAGGUCCAGAGACAAAGAUUUUAUCCUUUCAAAGCUUGUUGCUGUUCUCACUUUAUGUGGGUCUGCUGAACAAGUAAAAUGGGCUGAGAGAUGUUUAAAUGAGAACACUUUAUCAAGAAGGAAUGUUUCUGCUGCUGUGGUGUCAACAACUUAUAUUGUAGCUGAGUGAUCAAAUAACUUUCACCUAAGAUCUUGCAUUCUAGAACAAGAUGAAGCUUUAGGCAAAUUACUUAGUAUCUCAACCUAGUCUGCCCCACUACUUUGGGCUUAUUGAUGGAAGAUCAAGAGACAUACAAAAAUUCAUGGGUGCUGUCCAACAGCUGUGCACAUCUUAUUGUGGCUUGUACAGGGGGAACUUGAAAUGUGCCCACUAACUGGAGCGUGGGUUUUGUCUACAUCUCUUUAAAUCUUAUACUUACUGGUAGAUCAUAGAAAAUGCAUUAUCCUUUCUUAUUGGUAGAGUGGGGUGCAGUGUAAGGUUAAUUCUUAGUUAUUGGCAGAGACUCUGGGUAUAAACCCCAGAAACAACUUAACAAAUAAUAAACACAUAAUUAAAUAAUGCGAAUAACUUCAAAUAAUAAACACAUAAUUAAAAACUAUUCUGAACUUUAUUUGGAUUUUUAAAUUUGAAAUUGUAGUGAAUUUUCAACCCACACUCAAGUGGAAAGAACACAGUUAAAAUACAACCUGGUCAGAACUCUUUAUCAGUGGUAAAAUACACUGAUAAACAUUUUGAUAAUGUCUUGGGCUAAAGUCAUUAAUGUGCUAGUGCUUUGUGAAGCACCAACCAGAUACUUUCAAAUGUUUGAGCCACUGUGGAUCUUAAUGUUUUCUGAGCCCAAAUGCAUGUAAGUUUAAACUGCACCAAAUUAUUUAGAAAGAAAAAAAGAGUUGCAAGAACUGAGCCCUCCCUUCACUUUUUCAUUUUUGUUUGAAGUAUUUACGUGUAUAAAUUUUGUUAAAUAUAUAAAUUUUGAUUGUAAUAAGACCUCCAAGUGCCUUUGUAAGGAAGUAUUAAGUCUUAUCAGCCUGGUAACCACAUAAUAGUCAUCAUUUGAAACCUGUUAAUUGCUUUCUGUUCUUCACUGGUAUCAAUACGCCAACAACCUUUGAUUGUAUCAAUGGUGUCUACUGCACUUAUCAAUUUACUUAGCCUUAAUUGUGAUUACUUUUAGUACAGUGGUCUAAGAAGAGUAGCAAUUGAAUGCUUUAAAUGGGUAGUAUGACCAGCUAAUCUUAGUUUAUAUCCUGCUAACCCACAAUAUAGGUAAGAAGUGCAAACACCACAUGUGCUAGACAAGUGGGCACAUUUUGGAAUAUCUUUGUGGUUUAGGGUAAAAUGCAGAAUGAUCCAAUUUUCACUGAUACUUUAAAACAAAUACGUAGCUUAUUUUUAAUUUUAUUAUUUCAUUUGUCAGUUGCUUUGUACAAUAAAAAGUCUCAAAGCAACUUGACGAAAGUGUUCAGUGUUAGCCACAGGUUUCAGUAAAUAGGCUUGCCUUGAAAGUACAAUGUGGGGGAAAGGUCUGUGGAAAGCAUAUACUGUUUCAUGCUGCAAUGUUCUAUUCAUUUAACUGUUCAGUUCUUGCUUUUCUCUUCCAGAACAACGCGUACACCGCAAUGUCUGAUUCCUAUAUGCCGAAUUACUACAGUCCAUCCAUUGGAUUCUCCUACUCUUUGGGUGAAGCUGCUUGGUCUACAGGGGGUGAUCCACCAAUGCCCUACUUAACAUCUUAUGGACAGAUAAGCAAUGGAGAACCUCACUUUCUCCCAGAUGCCAUGUUUGGACAGCCAGGGGCCCUUGGCAGCACACCAUUUCUUGGACAGCAUGGCUUUAACUUUUUUCCAAGUGGAAUUGACUUCUCAGCUUGGGGCAAUAACAGUUCUCAGGGGCAAUCAACUCAAAGUUCUGGAUAUAGUAGCAACUAUGCUUAUGCACCAAGCUCAUUGGGUGGAGCCAUGAUUGAUGGACAGUCUGCUUUUGCUAGUGAGACCCUGAAUAAGGCACCUGGCAUGAAUACCAUUGACCAAGGGAUGGCAGCUUUGAAGCUAGGCAGCACUGAUGUAGCAAGCAACGUCCCAAAAGUUGUUGGCUCUGCUGUUGGCAGUGGGUCUAUUGCCAGCAAUAUUGUAGCUUCUAAUAGCUUGCCUCCAGCUACCAUUGCUCCUCCAAAGCCAGCAUCCUGGGCUGAUAUUGCCAGCAAACCUGCAAAACAGCAACCCAAGUUGAAGACCAAGAAUGGCAUUGCAGGGACAAGUCUUCCACCACCUCCCAUAAAACAUAACAUGGAUAUUGGAACUUGGGAUAACAAAGGGCCAGUGACAAAAAAUGCUUCCCAGGCUUUAGUUCAGAAUAUUGGUCAACCACCAACCCAAAUAUCUCCCCAACCGAUGGGUCAGCAAAUGAGUAACAGCCCUCCAGCUGUGCAGCCUUCUGCUGGACAACAGCCACAACCCCUGCCACCUCCACCACCCCAACCAACUCAGCUGCCAGUGCAGCAACAGGCAGCUCAGCCUGCCCGCUGGGUUGCACCUCGUAACCGUGGCAAUGGGUUUGGCCAGAAUGGAGUGGAUGGUAGUGCAGUUGGACAGUCUCAGACCACUUCUGGUUCUGCCCCUUCAGAGCCACACCCAGUCUUGGAGAAGUUGAGGUCCAUCAACAACUAUAACCCUAAGGAUUUUGACUGGAACCCGAAACAUGGUCGGGUUUUCAUUAUCAAGAGUUACUCUGAGGAUGAUAUCCACCGUUCCAUUAAAUAUAAUAUCUGGUGCAGUACAGAGCAUGGUAAUAAGAGACUGGAUGCUGCUUACCGCUCCAUGAAUGGAAAAGGUCCUGUUUACUUACUUUUCAGUGUCAAUGGCAGUGGUCAUUUCUGCGGAGUUGCAGAAAUGAAAUCUGCUGUGGACUACAACACAUGCGCAGGCGUGUGGUCCCAGGACAAAUGGAAGGGACGCUUUGAUGUCCGGUGGAUUUUUGUGAAGGACGUUCCCAACAGCCAACUGCGGCACAUUCGCCUAGAGAACAAUGAGAAUAAACCAGUGACCAACUCCAGGGACACUCAGGAGGUUCCUCUGGAAAAGGCUAAGCAGGUGCUGAAAAUCAUUGCUACUUACAAGCACACCACUUCCAUCUUUGAUGACUUCUCACACUAUGAGAAACGCCAGGAGGAGGAGGAAAAUGUGAAAAAGGUAACUUGCCAAACUGCCAGGAUUUGGUAGGGAGUAGAAACAAAGGGGAGGAAUUAGGUGUGAUUAUAUGAGAUGAAGUUGACCAUGGCCGCCUCCUUAUAAGUGAGUUUGAAGGGGGUGUCAUUGCUGUGUAAACAUUUAUUGAGAAGCUUGUGUAGCACACAAAUACAUUAUAUUGGAAUACUGUUAGCAAACUUCAAAUAGGCCUCUUUCCACGGACACACAGUGAAAGGGCUAGAUGAGGGUUCUUGCAGUCUUAUUCAUGUGUGACUUUAACGAAGAUCAGAUUGUUGAUCUUCAGUGAAAAGUGUGACUGCAUUUUUGUUUUUGGCCAAAACGUUUAAUAUGAUUUCCCCAUUUUGUACUUGCAAUUUGUAUUUCUAUAGCUAUGGUCUUUUGACUCGAGCAAUAAAAUUAACUUGACAUCUCUAAAAGAUAUGCUGAGGAAAGUUUUGCUUCUUGGGUGGUUGGUGAGAAGAUGCUAAUAAAUGGGAAGUAGAAACAUAGGGCAGGUUCUAAACACCUACUUUGGGCAUGUCCAAGGCAUUGAGAUGACAUUGACAUCUGGUGGAAUACUUGACUUCUGAAUAGGAGGCCCUUAUUUCAUAUCAAACUGCUUAUGAAACUUCACUGUUUCAAAAGAGGCAUGUCAUAUGACAUGAGGAUUGCCUUUUUAGGAACACAAGUCCAUACCUCUGUUGGGCAUCGGAAGCCAGUUGCAUUCGUUUUCUUAUGUAGGUCUUUGAAAGAUACUUUAUAUACAUCAGGAAUGGGGAAUCUCUGGCCCUCCAGAUAUUGUUGGACUCAAGCUCUCAUAAUCUUUGUCUAUUGGCUGAGCCAGCUGGGGCUGAUGGGUAGUCCCAACAACAUUUGGAGGGUUGCAGGUGCCCAAUUCCUGGUACAGAGUAAGAAUGAAAUCCAGUGCUGCUGUUCUGCUUGCAACCCUGGGUUGGAGGACUGAAGGGGAAAUAAAAGAUUUUCCUCCCUACCUCCUUUGCUGGAUCAGAAACACGUGGAAUGACAGCAUUAACACUAAAAUAAAUCCUGUGACAUCUCAAAGACUAACACAUUUAUUAUGGCCUAAACUCUUCACAAGAUAGACUCCCUUCACCAGACGCAUGUAUGGACUAGCAUAAUUGCAUAAUUCCAAAUGUAUGCCACUGUAAACCAGCAUAAGUGUUUGCUUCCCCUUUUGGUAUACACAAGUGCAGGUUUUCUGGCACUGAUGAUGAAGAAAUGGUUGUAACCUACCCUAGGACCUCAUGGUGAAGGGCAGGUAAUAAAUUGAAUGAGUAAUAAUAGGGCACACUCUCUUUAAAAAAUGUUGCAUGGGAAAGGUUAAUGUGCACAACCACCUAUGGGUCUCAGGUUAUUUCGCAAACCUUGAAGGGUGUUGUUUUUUUAAAGACUGAAAUACGACCUCCAUCAUUUUUACAACAGUGGCUUAUGAGGCACCUAUGUUGUAAAAAUGCAAUGAGCAAAGAAGAAAAACUAAGUGGGCAAAAUAGACCUUGGAGGUGCUUAUGUUUAUGGUUUGUAGAACUUCAAAGAAGGUGCAGGAAGGAAGAAUGGCAGAGUAGGACAAGUGUAUUAAUUCUUUCAAGUCCAGUGGGUACUUGAUGGUUUCAGGCACUCCUUUUAAAAAUGGCAGUACUUUUGUUAAAAUUCAGCUUAUGUAUUAACAGCAAUGCAGACAAUGUUAAAAGCUGAUACGCUGCUGGAAAAGCAUGCUUUUAAGUUAAAAGCUCCAUGAGUUGCCUUUUGUUCCUCGUUGGAGUUAGAUCAGUGGGCCCUCAAAUGGACAAGUAAAAACAGUAUUAUUGUGUCCCUAGUAUUGUCUAAGCAAAGUGAUUUUUUAAAAAAGUCUGUACAUUUGUUUUAUAUAAGACUGCCACAGUCUGAGAAGUACAUUAAAAGUGGUUUGGUUUGUAAUAGUUCAGUGUUUAGCAUAUCAGUUUUGGAUGUGUCCUCCAUGUUAUGAGAAUCUGACCCUAGCCAUGAAUAGGCAAGACAGUACAGUUGGCAGAAACUCUUUAAGUGGGAGCUGACUUUUACUUUUAAUGGAAUGUAGUAAUGGUUUUAAGCAGAAGUGGUGCAUGUCAUCCUCUUUAGCCUGUUCUGUUGGCUUCUGGAGAAGAACUUCCAAAUCUAAGUUGUCCAGGCACCUGUAAAGUGGCAUAAGGCUUAUUGGUCCACUGCCAUUUGUAACAGAGGUCGUUUUUCAAAGAGCUUGUUGUCUUGACAGUUGGCAGGAAGAUGGUAAGAGAUUCUCCAUCCCUGCUCUUUGAAAGAUCAACACUUCAAUUUGCCUGAUGUGUAACUUUUUAAAGCUACAGUUAAUUUCAUUGGUUGGGGAUCCACCUAAUACUGUAACUCCUUCAGUGCUACUUUGACAUAGUAGUAUUGGGAAAACUUGUAUUUUCAAGGGGCUUUAGAUUUAUAACAAUAUUCUGUGAAACUGUAGCACCCUAACAGCAGUCAGAAUGUAGGGAUACAGUCAAACCUCUGUUGCCAAACUCCUCCAUUGUUGAACAUUUUGGCUCCCAAACACCGAAAACCCAGAAGUAAGUGUUCUGGUUUUUGAAGUUUUUCGGAAGCUGAACGUCCGACAACCGAGUUUUGACUGUACAGUCUUAAACCCAGGCAAGAGCAGCUGUUUUUUGUAUUCUCAUGAACCACUUGAUGUUCCAAGCAGUGUUUGGGGGGCAGAGGUAUAUUUUGCUACACAACCAACCUCUUUAUGAGUGAUCAGGUUCUAUAAUAAAGCACCACCUGGCAGCAAGUACUAAACAUUUUUAUGAGUUCCUUGCAGUCUUGCAUAUCUGAGACAUCAUAUGUAAAACCAAUAGAAAGCUGUAAUGAGUGGAACAUCUAUUAAAAAAUAGUUUCAGAAGUCAUGGUGAGAGAAGUUCUUAAUGUUUUACCACAUCCUUAUGAAAAUGUUCUCAGGAUGGAUAAAACUGGAUCAUAGGAACCUGGGAAGCUGCAAGAUAGGACAUUUGUCUACUCCGCCUGCAGCUCUCCAGGGUCUCAAGGCAGAUGGUCUUCCCCAUAACCUGCAACAUGAUCCUUUAACUGGGGAUGCCAGACAUUGAGCCUAGGACCUGCUGCAUGCAAAGCAUGAUCUGUACUACUGAACUGUGGUCACAUGCAAUAUCAGGAUCAUUGGUUGCCAGUUGGCCAUCUCUGCCUUAAAUGACCUACUUGGAAGUAAAUCUCAGUGAAAUUGGUUUUUAAUGUGCCACAGUACUCCAUUGUUUAUAGAAAAUAUUUGUUCAUCUUGUUUAGAGCUCUGAACUAUGUAAGCAAAGUACACACUGUACAUAUUGUUUAGAGCUUUAAGAAUUUGCCUAAAGAUUUGCAUUCCGCAAUGGGGUUUUUUGUUUUUGGCUGUCCAGAGGGGCACCUGAAUAAUGUAAAUCAGACCAGCCAGAGUCAACAGUAAAGAGCCAAAUUGAGUUAGGUGUUACAAUACUAGGGUUUCAAAAUGUGAGUAUGUGAUCUUUGGUGAAAUCUAUUCAAAUGAGUGUUUCUUUAAAUUGAAUGAGUCAUUCUAGGUGGCAAUUCUUGGGUCCAAUUUUGGACAAUUUGCAGCAACUCUUUUUGAUUCAGAACAAUUUGAUAGCCCAUUUCAACAUUGCAUAUAAUCAUAAUUUGUCCAAAGAUGGUGAUGUCAGUACACUAAUUGGUAUGUGCUAUGUUGGCCUCUCAUCUAGUACCCUUUAGUACUUCACAGAACCCCAAAAUGAUUCUGAGCUCUCAAAAAGCUUGAGAUUCAUUAAGCAUGAAUUUGCUAAUUUGAGGGGUUAGUCUAAGCCUCGCAGCAAGUAUUGAGUUCUCUCUGCAUAUCUUAGAGCAAUGUUUCUCAAACUUAGGUCUUCAGCUGUUUUUGGACUACAACUCCCAUCAGGAAGUUGUGGUCAGGGAUGAUGGGAGACCCAGCAACAUCUGGAGACCCAAGUUAGAGAAACACUGAGGGUGAGAAGCCCAGAGGAGUGGGCAUAAUCACUUGGAGACUUGCACACCUCUGAUAGCCUCAGCAGCUAUUUAGGUGAGCAGUUCUUCCUUAGAGAGUUAUUUGGAGAAUACUCCUUUCAAGAGGCCUAUCUCCCAUUCAUACUUAAGGAAGAAAGCCUUCUUUGUUCUAUGCUUAUUGAUAGCUAUAAUCAAUAAAAUAGCAGGAUAAGCAAAAAAAAAGCAAAAAAAAAAAAAAAGCCCCAACCCCACAAAAAUGAGUGCUCAGAACUUCAUGCUGAAUGUCAAACCAUGAAGAAUUCUGAAAUUAUUAUUCAAGCAAGUAUAGAAAAACUGUAAAUUCCCUGGUCUGGUGACCACUAAGUGAGGAACUAUGAACUGUGGAGACCACGUUUCACAUAAGGGAGCGCCAUUCCUCCAAAAAUAUCAGAUAUAUAAAUCACUGAAUAGUCACAUUCUAUAAAUACUAUACCUCAGCACUUGGAACUUGGUUUGAACUUUGCCCUUGAGUCAGAGCCAUCGCCAAGCUAGACUUGCUGUUCCUUCUUGCAGCAGAAUGGUUUGAACAGUAAGCAGGCAAACUAUAUUUCAGAAUCCUGUGAUGAAGCCUGGUUUACAGCAUUAGGGUUCAGAAAGUUCUUCACUACUUUUCCUGAUUUUGCCACUACUUAAAUUUUACUUGGGUAAUAUCACUAGCAAGUGCCUCAAUCUCCUUACUGGAUCCCCUUAGAAUAUUCUCUGUUUUGUGUGUGUACCUAAUUCUACAGGCUUGGGUUUGAAAGUAAAUUUUGGCAAGUUGCUAACAGAGGGCUAGUUCCAAACUGAGACAUGAUGCAAGAUAUGAAUGGAGCAUCUUUCAACUUUUUUUAAAAGUAAAAAACAGCUUUGGAUCAUGUAAUUGGGAGAACAAGGGCAGUGAGAAGGAAUGCCUUCAUAUGGGGGAAAGGCCAUAGCUCAGUGAUAGAGCAUCAACAGGUUCAGCAUUUUCAGUUAGGUCUGGAAAUGUCUUCAGUCUGAAACCCUGGAGAGCUACUGCAUGUCAGGGUAGACAAUACUGAAAUAGAUGAACCAGUGGUUCGACUCAGUAUCAGGCAAUUUUCUAUGUUCCUGUGAUUGUUUUAAAAACAUUUCUUUAAAAAUGAGUCAAGAUACCGUAUUCUUCAGUCUAUAAGAUGCCCCCAUGUAUAAGACCCCCCUAUUUUUAGCGACUCAAUUUAAAGAAAAUGAGGGGAGAUGGCCCAGAGUUGUUGCUUCUCCCCCCCCAUGCCGCUGCGUGCUCCCCCCCCCCCGUUUCCCAUGCGCAGCGGCAUGAGGGAAAGUUGCGUUCCUGCCAGCCGGCGGGCAGGCACAUCACUUCUCCCCCCCACGCAGCUGUGGGCAGGAAAUACUCCCUAGAUUGUUUCCUGCACGCAGCAGCAUCGGGGGAAGUUGUGCUCCCACCAACCAGCUGGCUGGCGGCGUGCAGCUUCUCCCCCCCCCACGCAGUUGCGGGCAGGAAACACUACCUAGAUUGUUUCCUGCUCACUGUGGCAUCGGGGGAAGUUGUGCUCCCGCUUCUGCCCCCCAUGCCACUAUCUGUGUAUUGGAUGACCCCAGUUUUUUGACAUGAUUUUUGAGUCAAAAAACCUUGUCUAAUACACGGAAAAACACGGUAAGUGAAAUAUGAGCAGGAUGGCCAUGGUGCAGAAUUUCACAGAUGAAAAUAACUUUAGAGAGCCAGCAUGAGGCACUGGUUAGAGUAGGCUGUUGGGGAGAUCCGCCUUGAAACUCAACGGAUGGCCUUGGGGCAGUUGCUUUCUCCCAGCUUUUCCUUCCACUGUCUGGUGCUCUCCAGAUGUUAUUGCACUCCAUUUCCCAGAGCCCCUGAACAUUUGCCCAUGCUGGCUGGGGCUGAUAGGAGCUGGGUAAUUUUGGCUUACCCUAAUCCAACACAGAAGGUUAUUUGUGAGGAUAAAAUAGAGUAACUUAUAUCCAUGUUCAUUGGGUAGGAUACAAAUGCAGAAAAUGUCAUUUACCUAUUUUGUAAGAGUCCUGCAGCUCUGUUGGCACAAUGGAACCUCUUCUUCCUCUCCUGUUCCUUCCAGUCCCCUGUUCACCCUCAAAAUCAGUGCUGGAGAUUUGGGGGACCUUCCAGAGCAGGUUUUUGGGGCGCACGUGUGAAGGAGAGAAAAGGAAAAUGCUAUUGCACCAGUGGAACUCCAUUGGCGCAGCAUUGACGCAACCUUCAGUUCCUUAUAGGUCUUUCUCCUUACCUCCCCGCCCACUGCCAUUAACUCAGUGCCCAAAGCAUAGUCAGUAUUUGUACAAUACGUAAUUAAAAUAGUUUGUGAGACACUAUUCAUUCUAACUUCUGAUAGGACUUCAAAGUGUAUUAAUGCUACCAAUUCUUAAAAGCAUCUCUAAAUAGCACCUCAUGUCUGUCACGUUUUUGCUUCCUGAAAUAAAGUUGCAAAAAGUUUCCUUACUCUGUGGUUUCUGAAAGGUUCUUUUGAAGGUAUCUUACUAGGAUUUGUUAAGAAGCAUCACUGCCAUUUUAGUUAGGAGUUUGGUGUAAUGUAGUCAGUCAGGGUUGGAAGCCUCAUGCCCGGGGACAGAAUGUGGCCCUCCAGGCUUCUCUGGUUGGCCCUUGAUGCUUUCUCUUUGGCUACUCCCCUUUUCAACCUGCCCCCCCAACUUGUGCUGCUUCAUGCCUUCCUUGGGUGUCUGUGAUUGGCAUGUGUCACAUCCACUGUGCUGCCUCCUUUUGCCUCUAGUUCCUUCCUUGUGCCAUGAACGCAGCCCUUGAAAAGAUCUAUGAAAGAAUGUGGCUAUCAGAUUUUUCCCAUCCCUGUUCUACAUUAUGAUAACUGCCAUGCCAUUGGCUCACAAUGCAUUCUCUUGUGUACAAAGUUGUAUUUGCAAAAGUGGAAAGCACUUCUUUUGAAGGCAAAUCAAAGCUGCUUGUGAGGGUUUGUCCCAUCAAACACUUUAGCAUAUGUCAUGGGUUGGUGAAGUUGAUGAAAUCUUGAGGGCUGUCUUGAAAAGCACUUCUGCUUAGAUGCUUGAGCAAAUGUGUUUUGGACACAAGCCAUUGGCUAUUAAGCAAUUUGCAAACCAUGGUUUGGCUGAUGGGGCUGUGUCUCAAGUUCCCAUGUUCCCUAUUCCUCUUGCACACUCAGAUUUCCUGAUUCAAAGUGAAGGAGGGCAUCUCUGCUUUGUGUAACCAUAGUAUAGUUCUAGUUCUUGUUUGGAGGCAAAACAGAGGUUGCACAAAUCAGUUUGUUCAGUUUUGGAUAUGCUGACACACCGUGGUUUGCCAGAAGUGGGGAGUGAAUUGGAACAUAGGAGAGGAGAAACAUGCAACGUGAAAGCAUGAUUCCAGUGACCUAAGCAUAGUUGAAUUUUUACAUAGAACAAGCUGAAGAGUGUAGCUAUUGGGACAAGAUGGCUGAUGAGAAUUUUACAUACAUUUACAUACAACAUCUUAGUUGGGCCCCUAGUCCAUUGCUUUGUUUGCAUUGAUAGUGUACAUACGUUCUUCUUCCAGAAGAGAGAACUUUCAUAUGCAUAAGGCAUCAGGUUUGGGAAUAUGACAGAUGAUUUGCCCCUAGCAUUUGUUUUCAAGGCUAUUAUCAGUGCAAUGAAAGCUAAUAGCAUUAAUUGCUUUCUAGGUGCUGUACAACGAUGACUUCAUUCAAAUUAUGGUAAAUCUAUAUAAUUUGUAUGGUGAUAAAUCUAUCAGAAGCUAAAUUCUUAUAUAGUAUUUGAAAUGCUGUGUUAGAUAGCUAAUGCAUUAUAGAAGUUUCAGAUUGGCUUUGGUGUUUAUAGUAACUACACUCAAUUUGUAGAAAACACAUGGUUGUGGGAAUCAAGCGGUAGAGGGCAUCACCUCCAGGACUUAAACUAGAUAGGCAGAGCUUGGCCACAGAUCUUGAAUUCUGGAUUACAGCUAGGUUGCAAUAAUCCCGUGGUUUGUGUUCAGUGCUUGUCCUACUCGAAGUAUACCCACUGAAGUUAAUGGAUAUUACUUGCUUAGUUUCAUUAAUUUAAAUGGGUCUCCUCUGAGUGGGACUUACUUGGAUACAACCUAAAGUGUUGCUUGUGAUGUUUCCCUUGAAGACUCUGGAUACCUUUUUAUAUAGGACCACUUUUCUGUACCAUGUUUUAACACAGUCCCAAACUAGGUUACCAUGAAUUAAACAAUUUAAAAAUGUAAUGCAUAAAAUUGCAGAAAAAAAUUAAUAAAGCGGUUAAAACAAAAACACACUUUCAGUAAAAUCCCUAACACCUGGUAGAAUAAGACAUUUUCACUUGUCUCUGAAACAAGAUUAAGAAAGAAUGUUGUUGGGCUCUCAGGCAAGAUUGAUUAAUUAAAAUUAGCAAAAAGAAAAAAACUGUUUAUGGUUAUUACUGUUGUUAUUGUUUUUAACCUCCUUCCACAAAUUUUCCAGUAUAUUAAAUGUGAAAAAAGCUAACAUCAUUUAAAUCAAGCUUCCUGUUGAUUCACCUUCAUACAUUUCCUAAACUAUGGCACAAAUCUCUCAACUAAAUUAUGUUAACUUGCAGCUAGCUAGAGUAUUACACUGUUUUAGUCUUAAAACCAGGCGUUGCAUCUUCGCCACACUGUAUACCCUCUAAAGCAGUCUUUUUCUGGUGUCCUGGUGUUCUUCAGAUAUUUUGGACCACAACUCCCAUAAUCCCUGACCUGCUGGCUGGAGUUGAUAAAAGUUGGAGUUCAAAACAUCUGGAUGGCACCAGGUUGGGGAAGGCUGCAGCAGGGUGUUGUGGGAUGGAAUUAGAUCAGGAAUGUCUACAUGCAGGAUGUUCUAAAGGAAACAUUCUGGAAUAGUAUACCUGAUACGAUUUCCAAAACAAAAGACAACACUGGAUAAAUUAUGGAAGGAUAUCUUACUCAGUUGCAGCUGUGAUCCAUUGAGAUCAGAAAGGAUGUACUUUACCUUACAUUUGCUUUUUGCUCUGGAGAAGUAAUUUUCUUGCCGAUAAGUAAAAUUCCAAAUUUUGUCCCAAGUCAGGUGGUCUUCCCAUGUAACCUGUGUCUGCUCUUCUACUUACUCUGUGAUAGAUAACAUCUUGCAGCAUUACCUCUUCGGUCAUCCUCUUCUGACAGUGUUGAGGGCUGAGUCCUAGAUUGUUUUUUCCUGCAUUGGGUUGUUCCUGUGUUUCAUCAAUAGCCUUAAGGGAAAGUGGAAUUAAUAGCCUUUCCCCAUAGAUUAUAGUCCUGUCUUUCACAUUCCUGUUUGACAGAGGAGUAAAACAGACAAUUGGGGUUUCCCUAUGGUAAUCUGGUUGGCCACAAAGGGAAUGACAUGGCGGAUAAGAUAGGCUUAUAGUUUGACCCAGCAGAGCUUUUCUUUUCUUACAACUUUGCCAAGACCAUCUUGAAAGUUAAUGAAAAAAAUGGGGAUUUGAACUGUUGAUAGCCUAUUGAAUAGGCUGGCCUAUCAAAAGUCUAGCAUAGUUCAGCAAAGUGCCCAGGCAAACUUCUGUGAUGGGAGUACAAACUUAAAGCAUCAGUACAAUUUUUAUUAAGGAGCUUUGCAUUAGUAUGUAACUUAAAGUUUGUCUCUGCAUUCCUUUAGAUUUACGUGGGAGCAGAGUCUGCUCUGUUGGCAUCCCUGCCUUGGUAUCAAACAUGUGAUAACCAGCUGACAUGAUGUUCUCAGUAGCCUGAAGGGAUCAGUUAUGCCUGAAUAGUAAAGGGAUUUCUUUGCACUCUUCUUGAAGUGCUGCUAGUUAGCAGCCUAGCCUUCAUCUUUUAGAUGGGAUGCAUGCUGAGUGUCCUGCAAUAUAUAGGUUCAGACCACAUUAACUUUCUGCUUUUAGCGGUUAAAUUAUAAAAUGAUCAGGUAAAUGGAAGGUGCAGUAUGAUUACAUAUAGUUUGUUCACAUAAAUGGAAUGGAAUGCAGCUAAAUUCUAUCCUGACACCUUUUGAGUGGGAGUGUUAUGUUUUCAGUUGCCUUCACCUCUGGAGAGCUUUAUGCCUUAGUAGCUUAGUUUUCAGCUGGUGUGUCGAUAGCACGCUUUAUACCAGCUAUUGCAUUGCCACUUGUUGACUAAGUUUUUCACAAUGUAAAAGAGGAAGAAGAAACAGAAAUUACCACUAUCUGGUUCUGGGGUAGCCAACAUUGUGCUCUCCAGGUGUUGUGAAUGACAACUCCCAUCAGUACCAGCUAGCAUGAUCAAUGGUCAGGGAUGACUGGAGUUGUGGUCCACAACAUCUAGAGGGAGCCACGAUGCCUACCCUGAUCUAGUUAAGGUCCAAAAUUUUUCUGAUUGUUAGAAAUACUGGGAUCUCUAGGAGGACGCAGACCCAAGUGAAUGUUUUUCAUGAUACAGAUUGGCUUGCUUCAAAAGAUGUUUUGGGGAUUAAAAUGUGCACAAAGCAGGUGCUGUCUGGUAUAUUUGGAAUAUGAGGAGGUAGCUCAGCUCAGCUGAAUAUCCACGGAAUGACUCUCAUCUUAAGUCAUUAACCUAUUCAGCAGUGAAAAUAAUACUGUUAAAAGUUUUACAAAACUGCCGUGCCACUAACCGCCUCCUUUCUGUCUGUCUCUCUCCUGUAGGAACGUCAAGGCCGUGUCAAGUAAAACGCUGAGCCCUUCCACAGAGACUGCAGCAGACAUGCUGCAACAUGGAUAUCUUUCAGAAAGGACGAAAAACUACACCAGAGAAAAUUAGAACUUGUUUCAUUGACUUCAUACAAACUCUUAUAAACUUACAGUUUUAAAAAAAGUAUUGGAAUUUCACAAGAGACAUAGGACUUAAAAACAAAAACAAAAAAAACCCUUCUAGGUAGAGUAGAGGUGAAAACUGUCCCCUUUCUUUUGGCUUUGGUUGUGAUUUCAGAGCAUACGCUUUGUUUUUUUGUCUUUUUACUAUGUUGAUCGGAUUUUAAAGUCCGCAAGUGGCAUAUGCCUUUUUCUCUAAUUUUUAAACCUGCCGCUUCCCUGGUUUCCUGGCCUUCUAAACCUCUCUUCCCUCUGGUUUUUUUGACAUUUGCACUUGGAACACCGAGUUGUGACUUUCUUUUGGACAUCUACCAUGGAAAGUGGAAUAAAUAACAUUUUUUCCAUGGACUGGAAGAGGAAUUUUAUGAAGAAUUUGAUUUUUUAUGCCUAGAAGAUUUGAAUGGAAUCUGUCGGCAAGGUCGUGUCUGAGGGGUGGUUCAUUUUCUCUCAAAGUCAAAUACGAAGAGUCCUAAGAAAUGUUCUGUUCUUGUGCAUUAUAUGGAUUACAGAUUAAGUCUGGCUUGAUUUGAUUUGAAGGCUGAGAACAGUGGUAAAAACUUGUUUGUUUACAGGAACAUUAAUUUUGGAAGAAAAAUAUUGUAAACUGUGUAGUGAAUGUUUCUUCAGUUUUCUUGUUAAGCCAAUGAGGAAUGGGCGCUGCCUUUCUUUCACCAUUAAUCACUUCUCAAUAAUAAACGUGAGAUCCUGUUGAGCAUCACUUUU